AUGACUGCCCUCUUCAAUUUCCAAUCCCUUCUCCUCGUUAUCGUCCUGAUCAUCUGUACAAGUGCCUACGCCCAUUCGAUAAUGCCGGGCAUUAUGGACCGCAACCAGAACGGCUUUUUCGGGAUAUUCUGGAAAUGCGCCCGGGUUGGGGAACGGCUAAGCCCGUACGUCAGUUUGUGUUGUUUGGCGAUGGCGAUCUCUCUUUUCUUUGGACAGUGA